GAGUUGAGUAGUCAAAACUCUGUAAACCUAGGCGAACGAGUUAAAACCCAGCGAACGAGAGAACGAAGUCGGUAGUUUUUGUCUCAAAGUUUCAGAAAAGGAAAAGGGCGGUAUAGAAGAGAUAAGAAAAAGAAACAGAGUUCGCGUUGAUAGACCGUCGGAAUCUUCGAAUAUCAAAGCACUCACUACCAUCAUCAUCGACAACUACUCCCACUUCACAACAUUGGCGUGCUUUGUACGGUCUAUCCUCGCUCUCUGCAAUUCUUCCUCUCUCUCUCUUUUAUAAUUCACACAACGCAACCAUAACCCUAACUCGUAAUAAAUUUUUCGCGUAGUUUUGCUUUUAGCCUUAUUAGAUUAUAUGUUUUAGUCUACUAUAACUGUUUAGGUAUUUAGGUGUUCAUAUAAUUGAAUUCAAUUUUUGAUUCUGUGUUCUGGGUUUUAUCUGUGUUGUUUUUUAGUCUAUCUGAGAUGGAUGAAAAUAGGGUUCCUGGAAAUAAUGGGAUUGGUAAUGGUAAUCGUUCAGCUGACGAUGCUUCUUAUUGGUUAGAUGCUUGUGAGGAUAUACCUUGCGAUCUGAUUAAUGAUAUUGUUGAUUUUGAUCCUGUUGUUCCCACCCAAGUAGUAAUUGAUGACACUGCACAUCAAGGUGUUGAUUUUUUCGGUGGAAUUGAUCGGAUACUGGAGAGUAUUAAGAACGGUGCUGGUUUUUCGGAAAAUGAAAUUGUUGCAACCGGUGUUGAGUCUGAGAAUAUGGUGACUGAUGGAAGAAUAAUUCAAUCAGCGGAAGUGAACGGAGAAGCGCAAAAGGAAAAAUUGGCAAAAACUGAACUCAAAAGUGAUGGGUUUUGUCUGAUUAUUAGUGGUGGUGAGAAAAAAUCAUCUCAAACUGAGGUCCAUGGCAAGGAAAUAUCGAAAUCAUCUAAAGCUGAGGUCCAUGGCAAGGAAACAUCUCAUAGUAAACAUGAAAGAGGUGACAGGGAGGUUAGGAGAGCGAGACAUGUCGAACCUGUUGAUAGACAUGGCAAAAGAGCUCGACUUAGUGACUGCAGUCGCCAUGAUCGCUCUAACGAAAGAUUGAGCAAGAAGAGGCAUCGGGAUUAUGAGAGGACGGACAUGGAUAGGGAUAGAGGCCGGGACAGGGAUAGAGACCGAAGCAGUAGAAGAGACCACUAUAGCUAUAGCAGUGAUAGGAAGGGUGGUAGGGAUCCAGAUCGCAGAGAUAGUGAUAGAGAUAGGGAUAGGGCUAGAAAAGGUUACUGGGAAAGGGAUCAAACGGGUAAGGUUGUUUUUCAUUCUGGUUCGUGGGAGUACGAACAUGAGCGAGAGGCGAAGAGAGUCAAGAAACAAAACCUUGAAAAGUGUGAGAACAUUGAGAAGAAACCCGAGGAGAAGAGAGAAAAACCAGUUGAGGAAUUGGCUAGGAAGUAUCAGUUGGAUGUGCUUGACCAGGCGAAGAAGAAAAAUACAAUAGCUUUUCUUGAAACAGGAACUGGUAAAACACUCAUUGCCGUUCUUCUUAUUAAGAGUCUUUGCAAGGACAUGAUGAAGGAAAAUAAAAAAAUUCUGGCAAUUUUUUUGGUGCCCAAAGUCCCCCUUGUUUAUCAGCAAGCUGAAGUUAUUAGGGAGAGUACUGGCUACAAAGUAGGACAUUACUGUGGUGAGAUGGGUCAAGAUUUUUGGGAUGCUCGUAGAUGGCAGCGUGAAUUUGAAUCAAAUCAGGUGCUUGUAAUGACGGCUCAAAUUCUGUUGAACAUUCUCAGGCACAGCAUAAUAAAAAUGGAAACCAUCAACCUCCUCAUUCUUGAUGAAUGUCAUCAUGCUGUCAAGAAACAUCCAUAUUCAUUAGUGAUGUCUGAGUUUUAUCAUAGAACCCCUAAAGAGAAGCGGCCGUCUGUUUUUGGGAUGACGGCGUCACCUGUAAAUUUGAAGGGUGUUUCUAGCCAGGAAGAUUGUGCAAUAAAAAUCAGGAAUCUUGAGAGCAAACUAGAUGCAAUUGUUUGUACAAUAAAAGACCGAAAGGAGUUGGAGAAGCACGUUCCAAUGCCCUUGGAAGUUAUUGUUGAGUAUGACAAAGCAGCAAGCUUGUGGUCACUUCAUGAAAAAAUUAAAAAACUUGAAGUAGAAGUCGAGGAGGCAGCGCAUAUGAGUUCCAGAAGAAGUAAGUGGCAAUUUAUGGGUGCUAGAGAUGCCGGAUCUAAAGAUGAGUUACGCCUUGUGUAUGGACUAUCUGAAAGAACAGAAAGUGAUGGUGCUGCUAACUUAAUUCAAAAGUUGAGAGCUAUUAAUUAUGCUCUGGGUGAGCUAGGGCAGUGGUGUGCUUAUAAGGUUGCUCUUGCAUUUUUGACAGCCUUGCAGAAUGAUGAAAGGGCAAAUUACCAGCUUGAUGUUAAGUUUCAAGAAUCGUACCUGAGUAAAGUUCUGACACUCUUACAAUGCCAAUUGUCUGAAGGAGCUGUCUCUGAUGAAGAGGCAAAAACAUCAGAUAUGGAAAGCGAUGAUGUUAAAUGUGACGAUAACCUUGAUGAUGUUGAAGAGGGAGAACUUCCUGAUAGUCACGCUGUCUCUGGUGGAGAGCAUGUGGAUGUUAUAAUUGGAGCCGCUGUAGCUGAUGGAAAGGUUACUCCCAAAGUUCAGUCGUUGGUUAAAAUACUUCUCAAGUACCAACACACAGAGGACUUUCGUGCAAUAGUCUUUGUGGAGCGAGUAGUGUCCGCCUUAGUUCUUCCAAAGGUCUUUGCCGAGCUCCCAUCUCUAAGUUUUAUCAAAUGUGCUAGUUUGAUUGGGCACAACAAUAGUCAGGAAAUGCGCACAUCCCAAAUGCAGGACACAAUAGCUAAGUUCCGUGACGGCCGAGUUACACUAUUAGUAGCUACUAGUGUUGCAGAGGAAGGGUUGGAUAUUCGGCAAUGCAAUGUUGUCAUUCGUUUUGACCUUGCAAAAACUGUAUUGGCUUAUAUUCAGUCUAGAGGUCGUGCAAGGAAGCCUGGGUCUGAUUACAUCUUGAUGGCUGAGAGAGGAAAUUUGUCGCAUCAAACAUUCUUAAGAAAUGCUCGAAAUAGUGAGGAAACCCUACGGAAGGAAGCAAUUGAAAGAACUGACCUUAGUCAUCUCAAGGGUACUUCUAAACUAACUACUGUAGACACAACGCCGGGUUCAGUAUACCAGGUCGAAUCAACUGGAGCUGUUGUGAGUCUAAAUUCUGCUGUUGGUCUCGUUCACUUUUACUGCUCUCAGCUUCCUAGUGACAGGUAUUCUAUACUGCGUCCUGAGUUCAUUAUGGAACGGCAUCAGCACCAAGGAGGUUCGGUUGAAUAUUCAUGCAAGCUUCAACUUCCUUGUAAUGCACCAUUUGAAAAGCUUGAGGGUCCCAUUUGCUCUUCAAUGCGCCUUGCUCAGCAGGCUGUUUGUUUGGCUGCUUGCAAGAAGCUUCAUGAAAUGGGUGCAUUUACGGACAUGCUCUUGCCAGACAAGGGAAGUGGGGAAGAAGGAGAGAAGCUUGACGAGAAUGCAGUAGGAGAUCCGCUUCCUGGAACCGCAAGGCACAGAGAAUUCUAUCCUGAAGGGGUUGCUGAAAUUUUGCGGGGAGAAUGGAUUUUAUCAAGUAAAGAUACUUGCCAGAAGAUGGUUAAUCUGCACAUGUAUGCUGUAAAACUUGUGGACGUCGGCGCUUCAAAAGACCCUUUCUUAACCCAAGUAUCAGAUUUUGCAGUACUUUUUGGCAGUAAGCUGGACGCGGAGGUUUUAUCAAUGUCGAUGGACCUCUUUGUAGCUAAAACCAUGAUAACAAAGGCAUCUCUUGUAUUCCAGGGAUCUAUUGAUAUCACAGUAAAUCAGCUGGUUUUGUUGAAGAGCUUUCACGUUAGACUUGUGAGUAUUGUGCUGGAUGUGGAUGUUGAACCUUCAAGCACUCCGUGGGACUCCACAAAGGCAUAUUUAUUUGUCCCUGUCAUUAGUGAGAAGUGUAUUGAUCCUUCGGAAGGAAUUGAUUGGGGUCUAGUUGAAACAAUAGUAGGGACAGAUGCUUGGGAAAAUCCUCUUCAGAGGGCUCGUCCUGAUGUUUAUCUUGGCACAAAUGAGCGUACACUUGGUGGAGAUCGGAGGGAGUAUGGAUAUGGAAAAUUACGUCAUGACAUGGCAUUUGGACAGAAGUCUCAUCCUACGUAUGGUAUCCGUGGGGCCAUUGCUCAAUUUGACGUUGUGAAAGCUUCUGGUUUGCUUCCUAAUCGGGUUGCCACUGAGAACCAUAGUGAAAUUUUGGGCCAAGGCAAGAUAUUUAUGGCUGAUUCGUGCAUUAAUGCGGAAAGUCUUGUUGGGAGUAUUGUGACUGCAGCUCACUCUGGAAAACGAUUUUAUGUGGAUUCUGUGCGCUAUGACAUGAAUGCAGAAAACUCCUUUCCGAGGAAAGAGGGCUACUUAGGCCCUCUUGAAUAUAGUUCAUAUGCUGAUUACUACAGGCAAAAAUAUGGUGUGGAUUUGAUUUACAAAAAACAACCUCUUAUUAGAGGACGAGGUGUUUCGUAUUGCAAGAAUCUUCUCUCUCCCCGAUUCGAACAUUCUGAAGCGCAUGAAGAUGAGUCGGAUGAAAAUCUUAACAAAACAUACUAUGUUUUCCUCCCCCCGGAGCUGUGUUUUGUACAUCCACUUCCUGGGUCACUUGUACGAGGAGCCCAAAGGUUGCCUUCAAUUAUGAGGAGAGUUGAAAGUAUGCUUCUUGCAGUUCAGCUGAGGGAUAGUAUUAACUAUCCAAUUGCUGGUUCCAAGAUCUUGGAAGCAUUGACUGCUGCGUCGUGUCAGGAGACAUUCUGUUAUGAAAGAGCUGAGUUACUUGGAGAUGCUUACUUGAAAUGGAUUGUAAGCAGAUUUCUAUUCCUAAAAUAUCCACAAAAACACGAGGGCCAGCUUACAAGAAUGAGGCAACAGAUGGUUAGCAACAUGGUACUUUAUCAGUGUGCUCUGAAUAAAGGUCUUCAGUCAUUUAUCCAAGCUGAUCGAUUUGCUCCAUCUAGAUGGUCUGCCCCUGGCGUUCUUCCUGUAUUUGAUGAGGAUACGAAGGACACCGAGUCUUCCUUAUUUGAACCCGAGAGCAACUCUUCUGAUCCACAUAAGGUUGCCCUAGAUAACAACGGAUAUGAGGAUGAUGAUAUGGAAGAUGGUGAGGUUGAGGUUGAGAGUGACUCUAGCUGUUACAGGGUCCUCUCUAGCAAAACGCUGGCAGAUGUUGUCGAAUCCCUGAUUGGGGUAUAUUAUGUUGAAGGUGGGAAGAAUGCUGCACACCAUCUUAUGAGUUGGAUUGGGAUAGAGGUGGAAUUUGACCCUGAGGAGGUGGAUGCUGUUAAAAAGCCGUGUAGUGUUCCAGAUAGUGUUCUGAAAAGUGUCAACUUUGAUGCUUUAGAAAGUUCAUUGAAUAUUAAGUUCCACGAUAAGAGCCUGUUAUUGGAAGCCAUUACUCAUGCUUCACGGCCUUCAGCCGGGGUUUCUUGUUAUCAACGUCUGGAAUUUGUUGGUGAUGCUGUCUUGGAUCAUCUAAUUACAAGGCACUUGUUUUUUACGUACACCGAUCUACCCCCAGGGCGUUUGACAGACUUAAGAGCUGCUGCUGUAAACAAUGAGAAUUUUGCACGCGUUGUUGUUAAGCACAAGCUUCAUUUGCACCUCCGACAUGGGUCAAGUGCCCUUGAAGCUCAGAUUCGGGACUUUCUGAGAGAUGUUAAAGAUGAAUUGUUGAAGCCAGGGUUCAACUCCUUCGGUGUAGGAGAUUGCAAAGCUCCCAAAGUUCUCGGAGACAUCUUUGAAUCCAUAGCUGGUGCUAUUUUUCUAGACAGUGGACGAGAUACCUCUGUUGUGUGGAAGGUGUUCCAACCUUUGAUGCAUCCAAUGGUGACCCCAGAAACACUUCCAAUGCAUCCGGUUAGGGAACUCCAAGAGCGUUGCCAACAACAAGCUGAAGGCCUUGAAUAUAAAGCUACUCGGAGUGGAAAUUUGGCUACUGUUGAGGUGUAUAUCGAUGGUGUACAGAUUGGGAUUGCUCAAAACCCACAAAAGAAAAUGGCUCAAAAAUUAGCUGCAAGGAAUGCACUUGUUGUUCUAAAAGAAAAGCAAGAGAUCGAAGAAAAGGAGAAGGGUGAGAAUGGGAAGAAGAAGAAUGGCAAUCCAGCAUUUACUAGACAGACUCUUAAUGAUAUAUGCUUACGGAGGCAAUGGCCAAUGCCUCAAUACCGGUGUGUUGAUGAGGGUGGCCCUGCACACGCGAAGAAAUUCACGUACUCCGUACGUGUGAAUACUACUGAUAAGGGAUGGACAGAUGAUUGCAUUGGGGAGCCAAUGCCAAGUGUGAAAAAGGCCAAGGACUCUGCUGCGAUUCUUCUCUUGGAGCUUUUAAACAAGUUGUAUCCAAAUCCAUGAACAAUUUCAACAGGUGCUAUUAGGAUUUAUGCAUCGAGAAUUCAUUGGUGUAACCAAGGUUCGAAAAACGGGUCACGGCCCAGGUCACAGGUACUAGGCGUGACCGUUAUAACGUGUUUUGACGGGUGUGAGCACGUUUUGGGUCAAAAACGCGUUAUAUAGGAAUAAAACGCGUUUUUUUUUAAAAUAACGGGUGUGAUAACGGUUAAAUAAGAAAAAUAAAUAAUUUGUGAUCUGAAUUUCCUAUGUAACGGUAAUUACAGCU